GACGCACGCUUCUUCAUUUUCCGUCUGCGCUCACUGAACCUCCGCAUUAUUUCAAAUGAAGCGUCUUCUCGUGCCGUUAUUUAGUUUUGAUAGGUGAUAUUAACAGCUAGAUUCGCCAUGAGCUGCCUGGAUGUAAUGUAUCAAGUUUAUGGUCCACCCCAACCUUAUUUCGCCGCAGCAUAUUCACCUUAUCAUCAUCAGAAAUUGGCGUUUUACUCUAAAAUGCAAGAAGCACCAGAAACGGUCAGUGGAAGCAGCUCGUCUUUUUCCAACAUCUCCGGGCCACCCAUUAAAGAAGAGGACUGCGCCCGGGAGAAAGAUCACCCGCCCGAGGCAGAGUACAUCAGCUCCAGAUGUGUGCUCUUCACGUACUUUCAAGGAGACAUCAGUUCGGUGGUGGAUGAACAUUUUAGUCGGGCUUUGAGUCAGUCCAGCAGCUACGCAUCUGCAUCCAACCACAGUAAAAGUGCAAGAGGUGCAUCGUCCUGGAGAGACGGAUCAUUCCCUAUGAGUCAGAGAAGCUUUCCUCCCUCGUUCUGGAACAGUGCGUAUCAGCCGUCAGUCACAGCAUCUCUCAGCAGCGCUCUUGGUUCUUCUCACACGGACCUCCCCUUCCCCGCAGACCCGUACUCUACCGCUUCCUUACACAGCCACCUCCACCAGAGCACCCCGGAGCCCUGGCACCCGUCUCACCACCAUCACCCUUACUCGCUCAGCGGGGCCAUCGGCACCCAAGGGUCAGCAUACCCCCGGCCCUCUGUGCACGACAUGUACGGAACGCACUUUGACCCACGUUACGGCUCUCUGCUCGUGCCCUCGGUGCGGCCACAUAGACUUCCCCCUGCCACGGUAUCCGCGUCCGGACCCUCACCGUGCGAUAUCAGCAAGAGCGAGCCGGGGAGCUCGGCGUGGACGGGCGCUUUCACGGCAACUAGCUCCGAUAUGGGCCAGAGCUUGAGUCUGAAUAUGGAUGCAGGUCUACAGAGUCAGGAUAAGAGCAAGGACCUGUACUGGUUUUAGUGCCCUGCGGCCACUCCUUCCUCAUCUGGCUUGUCUUUUCUCUGGCUUGUAGAGACUUUUCUGUAACAGAUUCUCAUCUCACUUGCAGCUCUGCGCUACACACUCUGCAGCGAGACCAUCCGCAGCUGAGAACAAAGGCACGGUGGAAAUCCCGGUCUAAACCUUUCUGAGAACCAUUCGGAUGAGUGCAAACUCUCUAGAAAAGACAGCACAAAGAGAGGCCCUGAGAGCUUUCCAGAAAUACACGGUGAUGUGACUGGCAGCUGCUCUCGAACCCAUUCUCGAGCCUCCCCCGACCUUCUGCGCGCUCGGCAAAACAAACCCUGAACGAGAUAAAUAAAUUGGAAAGAACAUUUCUUAAUGGGACAUUUGAGAGCGGAGCUUGAGAAUGGAUGUUUUUUUAAGAAAUGACAGUUUUUGGAGAGAGCAGCAUUCCGUAUCCCAGAACAGAGAGAGGCUAUUUGAAGCCACUUGACUCUAUCUAUAUUGCUUUCAACACCUGUCAUUGACAACUGUUGUGGAACUAGGGAAGACACACACACACACGGUGGCAGUUUGUGUGGUGUUUGACCGAGCAAGCACCCUGGAUUUCAUAAAAGAGGCGUUUUGUUGUAGCCGGACGCGCAGCAAAAGGGAACAACUGGUUUGGUUUUUUGUGAGACGUGUUGUGCCGGCUGUCAUUGCUGUUGGAAAUGGACAGACAAAAAAAAAAACGCUGUAUAUACUUUGUGUCUUUGUCCAGUGCCACAGUAUAAGAUCAAACCGCAUGUGUGAUCAUGACGAUAUGCAGGUUGAUUUUUUUCAUUUGUACUUUUUAAAAGAACGUUCUCAUCCAUUUUUAGUCGCCGUCAAGGUGACAUCUCACCACGUGUUUGAAUGUAUCACAUGUAAUAUAUUACAUUCUAAAGUAUUUUUUUCCAUGAUGUUGCA